AGUCGCUGGCUUAUUCAUCCCCUUCGGUUGCAUCCACUGAUCGGAAACUAUCUCCGAGAGCAGAGUAAACGACCAUGGGAGCCUCUGAAUCGUCACUCUCAAGCUCUCAGUUAGCGAGGCCAGCUGAUGUAAUCUCCACCGUGUCGGAGCGAUCGGAAGCUGUUGAUCCCGUCUUAGAGAGGCUCAAGUCUCUUCAAAUUACAACGCCAAUAUUGCAAUCACCCCCUACGGAAGGUAGCCUUACAGAUAUCUUAGUGAGGAAACCGCCCUCUUCUACAACUGCUGGUACUGUGGAUCCCCAAAUUCUUCUGGAGCUCUUCUCAAUGUACCGUAGUUGGCAGGAUGAAAAGGUCCAAAAGAUCAACAAAAAUCAGGAAGAUAUCGAAAACAAGAUUGAAGUCACCGAUGCUUUGGCUGUUAAACUUCUUCAACGCUUGAAUUUUUCUGUUUCAGCAGUGAAGACAGCUUCCCAACAUCUUUCAGAAGUUCACGCACUGGAAGUGGAAAUUGGCGAGCUUAAGGGAAGAUUGACAGAGGUUAUCAGCAACUGCGAUGCAUUAUGCAGAAGAAUUGCUUCAGAGGGUCCAGAGUCUCUCCGGUCAUCUAUCAAGCCGUUAGUAGUCGCCACCAGGUCCUCCUGUAACUCGUCUUCUCCGCAAGUAGAUUCAAAUACAAAUCCACAUCCCCAAGAACCCAAAUUAGAUUGAUUCAUUAUUCAAAAUCAUUUUGCAAUUCAAUAAGACGAAGUAUUCCAUAUGAAAGGAUGAUAUAUAUGCCACUUGAAACAUUGGAUAUCAGUCCGAUCUUGCCCAUAUAUAUGUAUAUUGACUUUAUUUUUCAGCA